UAGAGUGCCUGGACUGUGUCUGGGGGCAGAGCAGCAGUCUGGGGGAUGGGGGUGAGAUAGAGAGUUAGAGAGGUAGAGAUUUCCACUAGCCAACUAGUGAGGAAGUGAUAGGGGCAUGUUUAAUGAGCAGUGGAGUUCAUUCUGAAAAUGACUGUGUUGGGACAGUGUUGAAGUGGAGGUGAAGUUCAAGUGGUACAAAGCAGACCCAAUCGUGUCACUAUUGUCAGGAGGUGCAUAUCCUUUCUGUGGGCCUUUUUACACUGGAUGAAGAUUAUCAGUCUAUCAAGAGAUCAACCCUGCUGUCUUCUAAAUGCACAGGCACCGAGCCAAUCCCAGAACUAUGGAAAUGACCAGAAUUGAGGGGUCAUUGUCUCUGAACGUCACAUCAGCUCCACCAGUCACCACUAACAGUUCUCCACCGUCCCGUGAACCAUACCUGCACAGACUGGCACACCUGGAUGAGGGACUCUAUAAUGACUUCUAUAGCUUGUGGAUAGCUCUGGUGGUCAUUAACACUCUGAUCUUUAUGGUUGGGAUGGCUCUCAACAGCCUAGCCUUGUAUGUUUUCUGUUUCCGUACAAAACCUAAGACCACGUCGGUUAUUUAUACCAUCAACCUAGCAGUCACGGAUCUGCUCGUUAACCUGUCACUUCCUACCCGUAUUAUUUUGUAUUAUAGUGGUGGCAAGUGCCUUAACUGCUCUUACGUCCAUAUAUUUAGCUACUUCGUCAACAUGUACUGCAGCAUCCUCUUCCUCACCAGCAUCUGUGUGGACCGUUACCUGGCCAUCGUGCAGGUGGAGGCCUCCAGGAAGUGGCGUAACCCCAAUGUGGCUAAAGUGGUGUGUGCGUGCAUCUGGCUGUUUGCCAUCAUUGUCACAUACUCUUUCCUAACCACAGCUUUCAAGCACUCAGCCUGCUGUGUGUCCAAGCUCUUUGCGCUGACUGUGUUUGAGUUCUUCCUGCCCCUCGUGAUCAUUGUGGUGUUUACGGUUAGGAUCAUGUGUGCGCUGUCCAGCCCGGGCCUGAUGCAGCAGAGCAGAGAGAAACGAAUGAAGGCAGUGCAGCUUCUCACUACUGUACUGGUCAUCUUCACUAUCUGUUUCACUCCGUUUCAUGUUCGUCAAGUCCUGGUCUACUUUCACCCAGAUCUGCCACAUCAUGUGAUCGUCUACCAUGUGACUGUCACCCUCAGCAGUCUAAACAGCUGCCUGGAUCCUGUGGUCUACUGUUUCGUCACCACCAACUUCCAGUCUACCAUGAACAGGUUCUUCCGUAAGGCAGAGGCUGAGCAGACCAGUGGAGACAUCAUCAGCAUGCAGAAAAGCUCCAAAGGCUCUGGCACUGUUUUUGCCAUCGCUAAUAGCAUGAUAAUGGUGAACAUGAGCUCUCCUCAACCUGGAAGCCUCCCUGGAUGAGGCUGUACAGUAUGGACUGGGUUGCCACAAUGUUUAUGCAAGAUUAAGGGCAAUCUGCUGGAU